AUGACAAAGUGCGAUGCCAAAGCCCAUACCGGGCCGUCAUCUGCCUCCCCCGGGCCCUCGGACCCCGACAACGGUGAAUGGCCCGACAACUUCGAGGGCACCGAGCGACAGAAGCGUUCCCUCAAGCGAAUCGAGGCCGUCAUAGGCCAGAAGCCCUGGGAAUGGCUGCACGCCGACGCCAACCCAGAGUUCGAGAUCGCCGAUGUCAAAGCAUUUCUUGGCCACUGUGUUGCUUCUCACGAAGACGAUUCCGAUCUUUCGCUUCGAGGGAGCGAUGUCAAGGCUGCCAAGGACAAGUUCGUCGACCCGCAGUUCAAGGCGAUCGCAGCCUCCAGACGCAGAAGCGCCAUCGCCCAAAAGGUCGCCGACCCUGCUCCCAAUGACGAUGCUGGCGAAGGCGAGCGGGCGGAACCCAACGACAAGGCCAACGAUGCAACGCAGAAAGAAGGGAAGGACAAAAAGCGAGUGGAACAAGUCGCCGGAACCGAUGACGAGGAAGAAUUCGCUGUCGACAAGGAUCACCACCAGCCCGAACCCGAGAAGUCGAUCCCAGUCCAAAGUCAGCUGCCUUUCAUGAUGCCAAAGCCCUCGCAGGCGGCAUCUUCCGCUCAGUUCGCCCCCAGCACCGUGCCUGACGCCCGCCCUCUGGCCAGCUCUACAGCGAUCCCGGCUGAGAGCCCCAACAUCAAGAAGCGAGAACGGUCUGUGACGCCCACAGGCGUCUGCCCGACCAAGCGUGCUCGCCAUGAUGAUGGAGCAGCCUCACAAGAUUUGUUCGCAAGUCGAUCGAGCCUCAUGCACGCUACACCCGCCUUCCUCGAAGCUCUGGCCAUGUAUAUCCGAGCCAUAGAGCGCCAACACAUCGAAAUGGGCCAAGAGUUUGCUCAACUUUCCGAGUCGCUCAAGCUGCGAACUGAACCGUACCGGGGGGCGUUGGACCGCCACAAGUCUGCUCAAGCCAACCUUGCUGCCAUGGAGGAAAAGAUGUCGGUUUUGCUGGCGGAGGAACAGAAGCUCCGGGACUGUAAGAAGACCCUCGAUGAUGCGAAGGAAACGUGGGAGCAGAUCUCGGAAGAGAAGUUUCAGGCGCUCCAAGAGGCACACUGGGACAAGACCACCGUCAACGCCACCGAGCUACAUCAGGCCGAAUCCGACCGCAACGCUGCCGCCAUCGAAGUCGAACAAGCUCGACAGGCUGCCCUGCCUGCCUUGAUUCUCAUCGAAGAGACUCGACCCAAGCUACGGGAGCUAAGCAUGGCUGGGAGGUCACUCAACCUGCAGGCGAAACAUCUUGGCAUGCUUCGAAGCCUUGUGGUGCUUGGUGCCCCUGCUAUUGAUGCUCUGGAUGGCGAGCUCAAGGCAAGAGGGUUCUCUCUUAAGGAUAUUGUACACCAGAUUGGACAGAGCGCGCAACCCAUCAACAGCACUCAGGAUGGGUCUGGACAGCCAUCAGCUGAGCCGACUGCUUAG